GCAAAAUCAAAGAAAUAAUUGCAAAAGUAUUCUUUUUGAAGAGCUCCGUAAAAAUGCCGUAAACAAUAAAAAAAUAUUUAGCAAAUUGAUAAAUAAAUUAUUUAAUUUAUUAAUUUAACUAUAAAAACCUUCCUAAGUGUUUAAAGUUUUGAAUCUACCACCAAAUUAUACAUGGUUUGGAUAAAAAUAAAAAAGUGGAACAAUCUAAAGUAACUCAUUGAAAAAUAGAAAAAAGCAGCAGACAAGCAGGCAGGCAUAAAAAACGAAAGCGAACAAAAAGCAAAUGUAAUAAAAAGUUUUUAUUUUUAUCUCCAGUCUUUUUUGAAAGAAUUGCACAAAAAAUGGAUAAUUUAGAACCCUGGAAUAUGUUUACCAAUGAUUUUGAGCCAGAUGAGGGCAAUAUGGAUGAGGCUACUGUGGAAAAUGAAGAUGAGGAAGGUGAUGGUGGUGAAGAUGUGCCAUUUAGUAUACCCUCACCAGUGCAGGAUAUGCAGGUUAAAGAAGAGCCUCAAGAGGCUGCCGAAGAAAUGUUCGAUGACGAUAACGACAACAAUAUUCCAUUACACUUUCUCUCUGACGCUGCCAAUAACAAUGAAAACAAUAACGAAGAUGACAGUCGUAUUCGCAAUCGUGAAGAGGAUGAUGCCCUCUUUGAUUUCGGUUUAGAAUCAUCAAAUUCACAAAAUCGUUCUCUGUUCAAUAAAUUCUCAGUAAACGACAAAGAUUAUCCGAAUUUAACGCCGGAAGACCAAUACUACAAUGCUAUGGUCAAAUUCGAAGAUGCUGUUAUUUAUAUAUGCCCGGCCUGUGGGCAUGAAUUUAGUUCCCAAGAUGCCUGGAAAAAUCACUUGAACGUUAUACAUCUUUUCAAUACACGUCGUGGCUUAAAUUUCAUACAACUCGAUAAACUCUAUCAUGAAUGCAUGGAAUGUCAUAAACGUAUCGCUAUGCACAGUAUGGAGAAUUUACUUAAGCAUAAAUUCACCCAUUUACCGUUUAGAUGUAGCAAAUGUAUGGUGUGCAAGCGUCAGUAUAAAUAUCGUCAAGAUCUUAUGGUGCAUUUGCGAAUGACCCACCGUGACGAUUUGAUUGCUCUGCUUAAAAAGGAACAUACGAAAACUAAGAAUGCGAAUACACAGCCGCAAACUAUACGCUCAAUAUUAAGUCGCUCAGACGGCAGCGGAGGACCUCAAAAUAGUGCCAGACCUAAAAUAUCGAUUGGUAUGGUUAAGGAGAAUGCUACAGAUUUAUUUGAUAAUAUUGAAGUGAAAAAUGAAGUACUCAAUGAGGAUGAAGAGGAUGAUAUGAUGGGCGAUGAUAGUCAACCACCGCCAGCAAAAAGGCCUGCUAUGGAAUUGCCCGCAUUUCUGGAUGACGGUUCUACAAAUGGUUCAGCGCCCGAUCAAACAUUAACAAGUCGUCCAAAUAAAUCUUCUGCGGCAGAUGAAAUAGAUGCUUCAUUGGAAGAGUAUGUUCUAUUCACUUGUCCCCAAUGUGGUACCGAGUGUGAGACACAAGCACAGUGGCGUCAACAUAUUGAAUAUGUACAUGAAUUUGGUACAAGAAGGGGUCUGAAUUUUCGCGAACUGCUUAAUCAGCAGGCUCAGUGUAUGGGUUGCAAUGUGAUCCUCUCAAACUCUUCUAUACGCAGUCUACAAAUACAUAAAUUCAGUCAUUUACCCUACAAAAAAUGGAUGAGUUGUAAACUUUGCUUCGAUUCUUUUAAUGUAAAUCGCGAUAUUGUCAAACAUUUGGCCGCUAAACAUCAUUUGGUUUCGGAAAAUAAUACACGAGCAACUGCUGCACAAAAUAACGAUGACGAUAGUCAAGAAGCAUUUGGCUUUGGUGGUGGCGGCGGAGGUGGCUUUGCGGAUGAUUAUGAUGAUGGCGGUGGUGGUGGUGGAGGUGGUUAUGGAACGUCAGAUAGUAAAAAUGUAUCAGCAGGACCGGAUGCCUAUACUUCGAGAUUAGAGGAACGUGAUGUCUUCGAACAGCAUAUAACGUACAUUUGUCCAGCGUGUGGUAAGGAAUAUAAUGAUAAGAAAAUAUGGCGUAAACAUAUUGUAGAGAUACAUAAAUUGGGUGAAUUAGAAAAUUUAAAUUUUGAAAAUAUCAAUGAUCGCCAAUUGAAGUGUAGGGAAUGUGAUAAGAUUAUAACGAAUGCCUAUGGCAUACAAAAUGCCCAACAGCAUCGUAUGACUCACAUGCAGUAUAAAUCGUUUGCCAAGUGUCGUUUAUGUCGUAAAACCUAUACCGAUCGUAAGGGUUUAAUCAAACACUUGAGAAACUCUCAUAAAUUGGGAGCAAGAGGACCAGGAGGUUUUGGACAAAUUAAUCCUGUACCACCAGCAGGAGCGACAAAUUACGGCAGUAGCGGUGGCACUGGCAGUGGGGCUAAUAGUUUCAAACCAUUUGUCAAAAAACCCUAUAAAAUAGCUCACUAUCCUCCUAAGGAAAUUGUAAGACUUUCAAAUUAUACCUAUGAAAUUGUACAUUUAAUUGAAGACGAUGAUGAUGACGACGAUGUAACCGUAGUGGGUGGCUAUGAUUUCGCCAAAGGUGAUGCUCAUUUAUAUCAAAAUAAUAAUUCCCCUUAUAGUACACCGCCAAAAAAGAGUAGUAAUAGUAAUAUGGAACAAAUUACUCGACAUAAAUGUGUCGACUGUGGUUCCAUAUUCCCCACACCUCAAGCUUUACAACAUCACAUUAGACAGGAACAUGAUUUUGUUGAUUAUCAAAGUUCUUCCUCGAAUCAGGGCACACAGCAAACUGAGGAAAAAUCCAAUGACACGGAUGAUUUAUUAGUGCCCAGUCGGGAUGUUGAUGUUCAGCCUGACGAUCACACAACCAUGGACUGUAAUUUUAUUUAUCUAUGUCCUCAAUGUGGCUUAGAAUUUCGCUCACAAAUCCAGUGGCGUCGUCAUAUUAAUGUUGAGCAUAACUUUGAUAAACGUGAAUAUUUGGGUUUCCGUGCUUUGGAUAAAUUUCGUUAUCAGUGCAAACAAUGUAAAGAUACCGUGACUAGUUCAAAGCUUAAGGGUCUGCAGGAUCAUAAAUUCCGUCAUUGUCCUUAUAAACUCUAUUUGAAGUGUCUGCUGUGCGGCCAAUCGUAUAAUCAUAAACCCAAUAUGAUUGCUCACUUACGACAAAGACACAACAUAGUAGAACUUGCGGAAGGAGCAAGCGGAGGAGCAGCAGGAGGUGGAGGAAGUGGUGGUGGCGGUUCUUCUAUGGAAUCGAAACAGCAAAGAUAUUCAUCAAAUUUACAUACAAGCAGCUCUACUUCUAAGGAAUUUAAUGAUGCUCCCGCUAGACCUAUACGACAUACUGAUCCUUCUACUAACAAUACUAAUCGACCACCUGGUUUGAAAACUGUCGAAGAUGUUAUAUCUUUUCACAAUGCCGUAGAUCAUGAAACUAUUACCUAUCACUGUCCCUCAUGCAAUCAAAGUUUCGAUUCCCAUGUCUUUUGGCGUAAACACAUUGUAGAAGAGCAUAAUUUGAAUAGUCGCGAAGGUUUGAAUUUCCGGCAAUUGGAUGAACAUCAUUACAUUUGCUUGCAGUGCUAUAAAAGAGUCACGGUCACACACACCAAGGGCGCUAUAGGACAAUUGCAAUCGCAUAAAUUCAGACAUUUGCCAUACAAAUCGUUCAGCUGUACCGCCUGCCAGGGAGAGUUUGUACGUAAACAAAUGUUUUUCAAACACUUGGAUAAAAACACAAACAAAUGUUCAGGCAUUAAUCCGGAAGCAAAUUUUGCGGAUGCAGGCGAUACCAGCAGCGCCUUUAAUAAUGACGAAGAAAGUGGUGUUGAUUUUAAUGCUACUACUACGGAAACUGUCACUGGUGGUGGCAGUUCAGCUAAAUUCUCUUGGCCUACACGCGCCUCACUGCCAGCCCAAUCAACUAAUGCGGCUAAUUCCGGCGAAUCAACUACCGAAAAUCAGGGCUGUUUUACUUUAAAUUGCCCCCAAUGUGGAGCUGAUUUCGAUACUACACGCGGUUGGCGUGAACACAUAAAUAUUGAACAUAAUCUCAAUAAUCGUACAGUUUUGAAUUUCAAAAAAAUCAGUGCCAAACUACACCUCUGUUUGGAAUGCAAUGAAACGGUAAAUGGUCGCAAAUUACGCGAUCUGCAGGUGCAUAAAUUCAAGCACUUACCCUAUGGCGCCUAUUUACAUUGUCGCUAUUGUUCUAUGAAAUAUUUCCAUAUUAGCAAUAUGCAAGAGCAUUUAAAGAAUAAACAUCCCAAUAUGGUGCAAAAAAUGAAAAACUAUGAAGACGAUUGUGUCACACUCGAUGAGGACGAGGAUGGUAAUGGAGAGGGAGGAAACAAUGAUGUUGAGGUGGCGGGCCUAGAUGCUGAAGCGGAGGAUAGUGAAACGGGUUUGGAAGAUGUAGUCGAUAUAGAUUUAUUGGAGGCAGAGGCCGAAAUUGAAGAAGUUGAUCCCGAUAAUGUUGAAUCUGAUGAACAAUAUCUCUUAGGUUAAGAUUUCCUAAUUAAAAAAAGUAAUAACAGCAACAAAUACAAGUUAUUUAUAUAUACAUAUAACUGAAAUAAUUACAUUAUUUUUUUUUUAUUUUAUCUCUCACAACACUCUUACACUUUAGUUAAACACUUGUCCGAAACUAUUUUAAAGGUUUUUUUUCUUUUUAAUGCAUUAUUUUAUUUAUAUUUAUAAGUAUUUAUCUUUUUAUUAUAUACAAUUGUAAAUUCACCUAUUAUAUACACCUUUAUUAAGCCCUUUCCAGCUAAAAUUUUUUUCACCUUUAAAACUAUAUAAUUUCAUUAUUUUUUAUUUUAUUUCUCACAAUGCCCUUAUCAUCUAGUUUUUAAAAUAUUUCCCCCUUCAUUAAAUUAAACAUAAUUUAUAGUUUAACAACAAGAAAUCUAUUAUUAAGAAAAAAAAAAGCAUCAAUAACAAAACAAAAACGUAAUAAAGU